UUUUGUGUUCGGUAAUUUUGAAGUUGUUGUGCAAUCGGGGAAAACUAAACAUCCAAAUGAUUUAAGGCAAAAGAAAACUGAGAAGAAAGAGAGCUAAAAUUUUGGUCAUGGCGAUAUUUGGAGCUGUGGCUGCUACCUCUGUUCAGAGGGGUGUGUGGAUGCGGAGUAGAAGCCAAGAGUGGUGGGACUUCGACGUGAGAGACUUACAGUAAGUGACACACAAUUUCUUCAAAAUUUCAGGAUGUCAAGACAGACAUUUGAAUACAUCUGUCAGCGCCUGUCUGAUCGCCUUUCCCGACAAGACACUAAUCUCCGCUGGCCCAUUUCUGUGAAGAAGCGUGUUGGAAUUGGAUUGUACUGGCUGGCUACAGGGGCAUGUUUCCGGACAAUAUCAAACUUGUUUGGAAUUGCAAAGCCCACGGUUUGCUUGAUAAUCCAUGAAUUCUGCAAAGCUGUACGCUAUGUCCUCAUGUCYGAGUACAUUAAACUGCCUCGAGGAGAUGAUCUGCAAAGAGUCAUCGAAGGCUUUYGGGAGAGGUGGGGUUUCCCACAGUGUGCUGGGGCAAUAGAUGGGAGUCAUAUUCCCAUCAUUKCUCCCGAAGACAACCCUGGUGAAUACUUCAAUCGCAAAGGGUGGCACUCUGUUAUUCUGCAGRGUGUUGUCGACCAUCAGUUCUGUUUCACCAACAUCUACAUUGGAUGGCCUGGCCGUGUCCACGAUGCCAGGGUUCUCAAGCACUCCCACAUCUACGCAAUGGCUGAGAGAGGGGAUCUUUUCCCACCAGAUACUGAAGAGAUCAUGGGUGUUCAGGUGCCAGUCGUGCUGCUCGGUGACCCUGCAUAUCCUCUGCGAAGCUGGCUGUUAAAAGGCUACACCGACACGGGCAACCUGACAGCCUAACAACGGUACUUCAACGUACGACACAGCAGGGCCCGAAUGACAGUGGAAUGUGCAUUUGGACGACUUAAGGGACGGUGGAGGUGCCUAGCGAAACGUCUGGAUGUGGGCAUCCAAUCUGUCCCCACCAUCAUAAGUGCGUGCUGCACUCUUCACAAUAUUUGUGAAAAGCACGGUGAGGCCUACGAGGAAACUGGUGGAGCUGUUAUCCAUGAUGAGAGAGUGGCUGAAGGAGGAGGGGCCUUACCAGAUGCUCAGCCAGCCAGAGUCAGAGUGGCACUGACACAACAUUUUUAUAACCAGCGUUGAGCCAUAAUAUACUCAAAAAUGUAAUUCAUAACUUGUAAUACAUGAGCAGUAUCAAUAACUGUUUUUUGACAACAGUUUUGCUUUGUAAUGUCAAACAAAAUACCUUAAUAUUGAGUGACAUUAAAUCAGAUGUAUUUGAUCAUAUUGAAACUGUGAAGCAUUUGAGAGAACACAUUUACUGUACAGUUG